AUGGCUUACCAUCCACGGAUGAAUGAGCAAGCUGAAUUGGCGAACAAAGAAAUAAAAGGUAUACUUGAGAAGGUAGUUUGUCCAUAUCGACGAGAUUGGUCCAAAAAACUUGAUGAUGCUUUAUGGGCCCACAGGACAGCAUACAAAACACCAUUAGAGAUGUAUCAUUAUCGGUUGGUUUUUGGGAAAGCCUGUCAUUUGCCCUUGGAGUUAGAACAUAAAGCAUACUGGGCUUUCCAACAGCUUAACUUGGAUCUUAAGCUUGCUAAAGAGAAACGAAUGCUUCAACUUAAUGAGUUGGAAGAAUUCCAAAUGUUCUCAUAUGAAAAUGUCAAAUUAUACAAGGAGAGGUUGAAAAAAUGGCAUGACAAGCACAUUCGAGUUUGA